CGAAGUUGGUUCUAACCCGUGACGACGCAGACUUGUUUGCAAUUGAAUCCCUUUAGUCCAAAUUUACUUUCUCGUAGACGGACAUUUCGAAUUCCAUUGGGAUGAUACGGUUUCUAAUUCUUCAUUGAAGUCUCGCCGCGUUGAAGAUGUAAUAAUUACCUAUCUACACUGCUAACAUCGUGAAUAGUGAAAGUGAGAUUGAACAGUGAAAGUGCUUCUCUCAUGACAAAAUAAACAUAUUUAAAAAUGCAAUUCGUGCAAGUUUAUGCUAUGAACAACGACGCAAAGCCCAUUUUGAAAGAGACUCAAUUGUGGUUUUUUGCCUCAUAAAAUGCCACAAUACGACGACAGCUUCCUCGAUUCGCCGAGAUUUCGGCGGCGAACUCGCAGUUAUACAGUGCAAAAACAGUUUUUGCCCAAAUCGAAGUCUUUUCACAUCACGACCACACCUUUGCUGCUGGCCGUAACCAAUCACGCUAGGACUCUUUCUGGCUCCUUAUCGACCUACAACUUGAAAGAAGUCGAGGAGCGCUUCAGCGGGAAGGCGCGCGGCGGUAAAUUAGCGCGUCGUGCGCGCUCCUUCAAGGAGGACUUUCUGGAAAAGCUCUCCCACAUGCGUUCUCCUGGUAGCGGCAGCGGCGGCGGUGGUGGAGGCAGCGGGGCGGCCACGAGGGCCGCCUCGCCCUCGUCACCGCGUACGCCGCGGGACAAGAACGCCCCGGGCUCCAACGACUCCGGCACCGCUCUGGAUAAGAAUCCCCUGCGCGACUUGCACAUCCACGUACGGCAGGUGCAGCUAGCGUUGCUUCACUUUCGGGAUGUCGUAUCCAAGAAGAAGCUCGAGAUGCUGCCCGGGAACGGCACGAUUGUCCUUGAUACCGUUACCACGAUACACAACGCGUUAAAAUCUUAUCUGCUCUACGAGAACAGCUCCACAUUGGGAUCUGCCACGAAUCAAGUGUACCAAGCGUUAGCGCAAUUGCUGAAACUCUGCGACGAUGUGCUGCUGCAUGGUGAUCAAUCUUCCGCUUUGGACACCGAAAACGUGACGCACGUUAUUGGACUGGUCGAGGAAGCAGUGAAAAAUCUAGUAGCUCUGGCGCAUGAGAAAAUCGCUAAUAAGCAGAAACCCCCGUCUGCUACAAAUAAUAAUAGAACUUCCGGAUAUGGGUCGGAACUAACACAAAGAAAUUCUCUACCGGAUAUACCGUUGACACCAAGAGAACGGCAGAUCUUAGAACAAACGGCAGCAAGUAGUAGCUUGGUUCGCAGCUCGCAUAGUUCCGAGUCGAUUUUACGGGAUUCUAGUCCACCCCCGAAACCUCCUUUACCUGACAGAACAAAUGUAUGUUUGUCGGAGGAAAACAGCUCUUCUGGUACACCUCCUCCGUUACCGCCGAAGAGAAGAACGAGAACUCAACAGCUCCUCGACGAAUCAGAGGGUCUUCUGGCAUCUAGUCUCGAUAGGGUAUCCCUCCGAAGUCGAUCUCCAGAGGAUUCGUCAUCUCUUCUGAGCGCAUCGGCCGGUAGUUUGGAUUCGGCUCUGAAUCAUUCCCGAGACGAAGAUGAGAUUCGAGCUAUAAUGGGACCAAAUGACGAAUCUUUGAAUGACAGUAUGGACCUAAGUCUCAUGGCUACUAUUCAAGGCAUGCAAGUUAAUGGUACAUCAAACUGUAAUUGCUGGGAUGGUUCUGAAACUAAUAUACCAAGUACUAUGUUGCUAGGUCAACAAACACCUCAAGAAAUGCUUAAUCCAUUUACUGGUAUAGAAGGAAAGAUGGAGCGAUUGUCUACACAAACGCAGGAAUCAGGCUUUGUUUCUAUGCAUUCUCAACGAAGUUCAUCUCAAAGUUAUACCACCGCGUCCAGCUUGACAUCCAAGAGAUCGUCGCAGCAGAGCAGCAUUAGUUAUAAUUCUCAAUCGUUUAAUGCACAGCAACAGUCGUUUUCUCAGACCAAAUUAUCAUCGGACAGUAACGGCUCUAUUUUUACACAGAAGACGAUGAGUAGUUCCAAAAGUACUAUUAGCACGACUAACGUGUCUGGAAAUGGGGACCCAGCUUUAUUAGAAAAACUGGUAAAUGAAAUGGAAUCGAUAGUUACAUCCGAUUCUAACGGAGCGCCUCCAGCAUUGCCAGAGAAGCGAUCCAAGCGAAGAAAAGAACGACAGCCGUCACAGUAUGAUAAUGUACCAGAAAAUGAGCAUUUAUCCACAUGUACUUUGCAUACAAGUAACGGAGAUAGUCUGGAUACCAACAAACCACCUCCUCUGCCUUUAAAGAAGCGGCAUAUGUUCCAAUCAGUGGCAUAUUCUGUUAUGGCGUACAUGGAGAUGUUCGGGAACUGCUCCCAUAGUAAUAAUGAUUUCAUCUCUGGUCUUGGUACCCGUCAUUCUGUAGCAGCUUACAAUUCCAUGCAAGCAGAAUGGCAACAACACGAGAUGUCUCUUACUACAACCCAAUCGUGUUCCUUCAUGACGCACACCGUGACUGCUCUACACGAUAACUCAAGCCUUUCUGUAACUACGACGCCGAGCUUAGUAGAGACAACAAAUAAUUCUAGUCUGCCUCCGGCAUUACCACCAAAGAGAUCUCGUUCCAUUAAAUCAAACAUUACACCUCCACCAAUAUCACCAAAACCAACCAUUAGCAUGCAGAGUAUUCAUAAUUUGGAUCCUCUUGUGACGUCAACACCUCUAAAAACGGAGGAGCCAAUACAUGAAAAGAAAGAUCUUACACCUUCCACUCCAGUAAAAUUGGUAAACAUUAAUAAUAAUAAUGUUAUUAUGGAUACAGUAUUAUCAUCGUCCAGACCUGCUAGUAAUGCACUUUCUUCCAUAUCAGUUGAUGAAAAUACUCUUGAGCUAAGAGAUAUUGAUCAAGAUGAUAGCAUUUUAGAUGAAUUAGAUAUUAACAAAUACUUAGUAUUAAAAAAACCAGAUGAAGAAGGUCCAGAUAUACGUGGUGGACAUCCGGAUGCAUUAUUAAUCCACGCGACAAAAGCAAAUAAACAUGAUGAAAAAGAAUCAGAUUUCCUGUAUCAAGAAGCGUUUUUAACGACGUACAGAACUUUCAUACAACCAUUAGAAUUAAUUCGUAAACUACAUAGACGUCAUCAACGUUUUUCAUGUUCUCCAGAUGUUGUUAAACAAAGAGCCGCACGUGAAGCAUUUUCUUUACUUGUUAGAGUCGUAAGUGAUUUAACAAUAUCUGAUCUUGAUGACAUUCUUCUGCAAACUUUAAUGGAAUUUGUACAGCAAUUAGUGUGCAGCGGAGAUCUCACUAUGGCCAAAGCGUUGCGAGUUAAAAUUUUAGAGAAGCACACUAUGAAGCAAUUACAAGCAGCACAACCAAUUCUCUCGUCUCUAAGUGUUACAACGAAACAAGCUUCCCUAUUAGAUUUUAAAAGCGAACAAAUUGCGGAACAAAUGACACUACUUGAUGCCGAUUUGUUUAUGAAAAUAGAAAUUCCGGAAGUGUUAAUUUGGGCGCAAGAACAGAACGAAGAGAGAAGUCCGAAUCUUACAAGAUUUACUGAACAUUUUAAUAAAAUGUCAUACUGGGCACGAUCUAGAAUAUUAGAACAUCGAUUAGAAAAUGAAGCGAAGGAUAGGGAAAAAUAUGUUGUAAAAUUCAUUAAAAUAAUGAAGCAUCUUAGGAAAAUUAAUAAUUUUAACAGCUAUCUCGCAUUAUUAUCUGCAUUAGAUAGUGCACCUAUUAGGAGACUUGAAUGGCAAAAGCACAUUACGGAAGGUCUCAAGGAAUAUUGUGCUCUUAUUGAUAGCUCUAGCAGCUUCCGAGCUUAUAGACAAGCUCUAGCAGAAACACAACCGCCAUGUAUUCCUUACAUCGGACUUGUUUUGCAAGAUCUUACAUUUGUGCAUAUUGGAAAUAGUGAUUUAUUACCAGAUGGCACUAUAAAUUUCUCCAAGAGAUGGCAACAAUUUAAUAUUGUUGAAAAUAUGAAAAGAUUUAAGAAAGGCACGUACUCUUUCAAGAAACACGAACGCAUUAUGACGUUUUUCAACAACUUCAGUGAUUUCCUCUGUGAGGAGGCGAUGUGGCAAAUUUCCGAGAGCAUCAAGCCACGUGGUGGCAAGAAAGCACAGCCGCAAAACUAGAAUAUACCUAACCCUUUCACUGCCUGCGUCUCGAAAGGUUGAAACGGUGAAUUAGGAAGUUUAUAUUUAUGUAGGUAUAUACUUUUUGCGGAAAAAAAUAAACAAGAAAAAUUCUAGAACGCUCUAAGAGCGGUGAAAGGGUUAGCGAGUCUAUCCCUAUCCCAUUCGACAGCCUCUGUGAGGUUGUCUUAUAUAUUAUUAAAUCACGUGAAAAUUUUAGUACGCAAAACUGUAAACUCCAUAUUUAGCACAUUCAAUAUGACAUAAUGCGUUAUUUAAAGUAAUUACACUUGCGAGCAUCAAUCAGAAAUUAAAACGCCAAAACUCGGAUUGACUAGAGAAAAUUUCGAUACGUAAGUAAACUUGAUAUUUAACCCAGUGCAUUUUAAACAAUCUUUCCGUUUGCUACAAAUCAACAUAACGUAUUUACUAUGAGGAUAUGCAAUCUAUACUUAACUACAAGCUGUAACGAUGUUUAUCAUAAUGUUAAUGAAAGAAACCCCGAUCUUCAGCUAUUCUAGAUAUAUUUUAUUUAUUUGCCUUUGCUAGCGAAUUGUAUAAAGUAGUACGUGUUCUUUUUUUUUCUUUUUAAUUUAUUUAGAUGUAUGUGAAUGUCCAUUUCUAGCUUUAUGUAGGUAAGCGAGUUUUUGAGCGUCAACAGAACACUGUUGAUUACACAAGGAUGAACACCAAUUACGUUGAUUAAUGUAGGGCCAUUGUAGUCUCGUGUUUGCGCUCUAGUACGCGCGUAUCGGGACACAUGGUACGACUGAGUGCAACUGUUACAUAUACUAUUGUAUAUGAUGAUAGAGAAAACAUUUUUUUGUUGGCAACUUGUUAAUAGGUCUCCAAGCUUUCAGCUUUAAAUCACAUGACUUACUUACAAUUAGCGAUUAGGUGAA